AUGAAUGGUGACGAAGACAAGCGAGGUCGAGCCGGUGAACCUCCACACAGCGAGCAGAUGCAGAGACUUGCGCUGAUGACAGCAGCCACGGGGAGUACACUUUGGGAGGUGCCCACAACUUCCACCAGCCUAAGUGAAAGCCUGCAGUGGCAGCCCAACUGCCACUACAGCCACCAUCAGGACAGAGUGAAAAUCACUUCAGAAAUUCCUCCGAAACUGGAUGGUACCUGGUUGUCAACUAGAUGCGAAGUUCGUCCAGGUCCAGAAUUCCUCACCCGCGCCUACACGUUUCAAUCCACUCGUCAUUUCCAGGCGCUGCAGCACUACUACACUGACAGCGGAUGUGAAAAUCCCGCCUACUCCCUCGUGAUCCGAGGAAAGCUCCGUCUUCGCCAGGCCUCCUGGAUUACUCGAGGAGCCACAGAAGCGGACCAUCACCUCAGCGGAGUGGCCAUCAUCAUCCACAGCUUAGCUGCCAAACAGAAGCUAGCCUCAAGGCUUCCCCUUUCCUGCGUGGGUCCACAUCUGGUUAGGCUGGUGCCUGGCAAGCCGCAGGAUCUUUACAAUACGAGGGCAGGAAGGGGCUGUCUUGCGGCAAUGGGCUUCUCUAUGAUGGAGCUGGAUUUGGUGAGGGUGGAGACCCAGCAUCACGAUCACGGGGAGAAAAUCCAGCGUCUCUUUUUGGGGGACAUACACACUGACUGGACCCAAAGAACUCUCUACAGACCUACUGGCUUUCAACAGCCACUACAGAGCGCCAUGCAUCAUAUCCAUCCCUGUCCAGUAUGUGCCCUGGUGUACCGUUCCACAGAACAUCGCCCUCCAGUUCUGCCCCACCAAAUGCAUAACCCUAUUUCCCUAGCCGGUCGCUGGUUUAGCCAGCAGUGUGAAACCCGUCCCACCGUUCUCUUUCUCACAAGAGAGUUUCAUUUUGAUCCAGACCAACAUGCAUGGGAGGGGAUCUACCGCCACUACUUGGAUUCUCUCUGCACCCAGAGCACCUUCACACUUAAAGCUUCAGGUCAUUACGCUCAGGGAAACCCUUCAGUCAAGGUACCGGGAGCCACAGAGUUUGUCUUUAAGGUUACCGAGGUGAGGGUGACAGCUGAAGAUGAGUCCACGGCAAAGCUGUUAAACAGGACAAAGCUGGGGAAGUGUGGUCAAUCCGGAGAGUGGAAGGUUGGAGUGGAGCAAGGUCUAAGCUCCACGCAUGGGUGCACGGUACUCGGCAUAAAGCUGCCGCAUAAGGAGUAUGAGCUUUUCAAGGUUGAACUGGACCACAGGAGACACCCACUGUUGUAUGUUGGGGAAAGGCCGACUGACGGUUCCAGCCCAGACCGGCCGUCGAGGAGAGCAACUUCAUUUCAAGCUCCCUUGAUGCUUUGCAGCGGUGCAGAGACACAGCCCCCCGCUCUCUAUGGUUCAGGGAUCCAGAGCAAACAAGUUCAGGUGGAUACUAGCGGGAGUGAAAGUGUGAAACAGAUCUUGUUGGUGGUCCUUGGAUCUGCUCUAUGCAGCUGGCUUUGGAUUUUUUAG